AUUAGAUAAUGACUUUGCCUUGCCCUGACAUAUCUGGAGGGUUAUCAAUUCUAGACCAAUGUUUCAUAAGUACUUGGCAUGAAUAUACAGCCACACGCCGUUCUCUCUGCUCAUGUGGCCCAGUGUAUACCAGCUAUUGUCUUCAGUGAAACUAGACAAAAGAGUAACAGCAUUGCUUUGAAUUUUGAUUUUGAGGUGACACAUAGUGAAAAUGUUACUACUUUCAAAGAACUGCUUCAAAACUGUUUCGUCCCUCUGCUCAGCCUACCCCUUAGGUCUUUCCAGCAAGUACAUUCUAAGAAAUGGAUUCAGUUCACUGAAACAACAAGUUUCAUUGACAGCUCAUAGGCAAACCACAUCUUUAGCUGCAUCCGCAUCUGCGUCUGUGAGAGCUGCGCCCAAAAAUGAGAGAUUGGUUGGAUAUUGGCUUUUGGGAUGUGGUUCCAUGGUUUUUGGUGCAGUUGUGCUAGGUGGGGUAACACGCCUUACUGAGUCUGGGUUGUCAAUGGUAACAUGGAGAUUACUUGGUGAAAAGAGACCAGUCACACAAGCAGAAUGGGAAGCUGAGUUUCUUAAGUAUCAACAAUUUCCAGAGUUCAAGAUAAAAAACAGAGACAUCACUUUAAAUGAGUUCAAAUGGAUCUGGUGGAUGGAAUAUGCGCAUCGGAUGUGGGGACGUACACUUGGUGCAGCAUUCUUGAUCCCAGCUGCAUUUUUUUGGGCUCGUGGUUAUCUAAGACCCGCUAUGAAGAAGCGUGUUUUGGCAUUUGGUACAUUAAUUGGUUUGCAGGGCCUGAUGGGCUGGUAUAUGGUACAAUCAGGAUUGGAGGAUCGUUUCCAUGGAGAGAGUGACGUUCCAAGAGUGUCUCAGUACCGCUUGGCAUCACAUCUUAGUGUUGCAUUUGUGUUGUAUACUCUCUUUUUGUGGUCUGCUCUUGACAUUCUGCUGCCAGCACAAGCAGCUCCACUUGUGAAUAAGGCAACACGCCGAUUUAGAAUGCUUGCACACACAUGCAAGGGCCUGGUAUUCUUCACUGCUGUAUCAGGUGCGUUUGUUGCUGGUCUGGAUGCAGGACUUGUGUACAAUUCAUUCCCAAAAAUGGCAGAUCGGUGGAUACCAGAUGAUAUUCUAGCAUAUUCUCCACCACUUUCAAAUAUAACAGAAAACCCGACAACUGUGCAGUUCAACCACAGGAUUCUGGGAACAUCUACACUGGGAAUAAUUACGGGGAUGUGGCUACUGUCACGUAAGAGGGUUCUUCCACCCCGUGCUUACACAGCAGCAACUGCUGUGGCUGUCAUGGCCUGGUUGCAGGUCACACUUGGAAUCACCACACUUCUCACAUAUGUUCCUGUCCCAGUUGCUGCAAGCCAUCAGUCUGGCUCACUUGUUCUAUUGUCAUUACUUGUGUGGCUCACUCAUGAAUUGAAAUAUGUCAAGAAGUUACCAAAGUAAUGGAAAUAUAAAUGAUUGUUACCAA